CUUUGUUGUCUUGAGUGCAUUGCCCGGUGUUUCACAGACUUUAACCGCGGGGCUGUGCAGCGGUAAUACAAACUUUGCCAACUCCCAGACGAUGGUUUGAAGAUCACUGUUAACCGGCAACGAGGCAAAGAGUGAAGGCAGAAAACCAGACCAGCUAACCCCAGGGGAGACUGCAGGGCUCGCUCCUUCGCCGCCCCCUCCUCGCCAGGGUCUUGCCAAAGGAGCGAGCCGCCGGGCGGCCCCCCUCCCGGGAAGGCCGCAGACGCGGGCGACCCCAGCUGCUCUCGGGGGCUAGAAACUGCUGGGGGCUUAGGGGGGCGUUCAAGGGGAAGAUUGCGCUGAUUGGCUGAUAGCCCAGAUAAAGCCCCAGCCGGCGCCGCUUCCACUCCUCAGCUUGGCUGUAAACGUGCAGCCUUGAGCUGGUUUUUCUCCGCGCUCCCGGCCCGUUAAAGGGGAACGGGUCCAGGUUGCCCCCCAGCCUGGGCUACGUUCAAACCAAUGACCAGGCGCUAGCUUGUCAAUUUCACGCCUCCGGUCUUUCCCCUCGUUCCUUCUUUCCCAGCAAAUAGCAACCCAGCCCCCGACUAUUUUCCAUUGUUCUCGGCCCUCUAAGGGGCAUUUCUACCCGUGCCCCCGUGGCUGAGCGGCAAAGGCAGCCGCCCGAGCCUGCAGGAGCGCUGGCCAUGCGGAGCCCUGCAGGUCAACAGCCCUAGUGCGCGCCCGCCCCGGCGCAGGCAGCUCCGCGCUCUGCCCAGCGGCCGGACUCUCCCCGGGGGGAGCGGCGCCCCGGAGGCCCCCGCCAUGCGGUCGCUGAACAUCACCCCGGAGCAGUUCGCCCGGCUGCUGCGGGAAAACAACGUGACGCGGGAGCAGUUCAUCGCCCUCUACGGGCUGCAGCCGCUGGUCUACAUCCCAGAGCUGCCCGGCCGCACCAAGCUGGCCUUCGUGCUGGUCUGCGGGCUCCUCUUCGCCCUGGCGCUCUUUGGCAACGGCCUGGUGCUCUACGUGGUGACCCGCAGGAAAGCCAUGAGGACCGUCACCAACAUCUUCAUCUGCUCCCUGGCGCUCAGCGACCUGCUCAUCGCCUUCUUCUGCGUCCCCUUCACCAUGCUCCAGAACAUUUCCUCUAACUGGCUGGGGGGUGCAUUUGCUUGCAAGAUGGUACCAUUUGUUCAAUCUGCUGCUAUUGUUGCGGAGAUUCUCACGAUGACCUUCAUUGCUGUGGAAAGGCAUCAGGGAAUUGUGCAUCCGUUAAAAAUGAAAUGGCAGUACACCAACAGAAGAGCUUUCACGAUGCUGGGAAUAGUCUGGUUGCUGGCAGUUAUUGUUGGGUCACCUAUGUGGCAUGUACAGCGACUGGAGAUUAAAUAUGAUUUUCUGUAUGAAAAAGAGUAUGUUUGCUGCUUGGAAGAGUGGACCAGUGCUGUUCACCAAAAGAUAUAUACCACCUUCAUUCUUGUCAUACUCUUCCUUCUUCCACUGAUGCUGAUGCUUCUGUUGUACAGUAAGAUUGGUUAUGAACUCUGGAUUAAGAAACGAGUGGGAGAUGCUUCAGUUCUUCAAACCAUUCAUGGGAAUGAAAUGUCUAAAAUAUCAAGGAAGAAGAAGCGAGCGAUCAUUAUGAUGGUGAUGGUGGUGGUUUUAUUUGCAGUCUGCUGGGCCCCUUUCCAUGUGAUUCACAUGAUGAUAGAAUACAGUAAUUUUGAAAGUGUGUAUGAUGAUGUCACAAUCAAGAUGAUCUUUGCUAUUGUUCAGAUCAUUGGGUUUUUCAAUUCCAUUUGUAACCCUAUGGUAUAUGCCUUUAUGAACGAGAACUUCAAGAAAAAUUUCCUCUCUGCAAUUUGCUUUUGUAUUGUCAAGGAAAACCCAUCCCCUUCCAGGCGACUUGGAAACUCAGGGAUUAACAUGAUGCAGCAAAAGGCAAGUCUUUCUCAAAGAGAGCCCGCUGCUUUAGACGAGGCCAGGAGAGAAGCAUUCAGUGAUGGCAACAUUGAAGUCAAAUUCUGUGAUCAGCCAGCUGCAAAAAAGAAUACAAAAAGGCAACUUGCUUUGUUUGCUUCUGAACUCACUGUGCACUCUGCAUUAGAGAAUGGACACUAGCAUCAUGAACCGUGGUUGGGUUUUUUUUUUUCAGUAUUAGAGAAUUGCUUCCUAUAUUUGAUAUCUUUCAACAAACCAUUUUAUUUUAUUUUCUACUUUGCACAUUGAAGUGAGAAAAGAGAAUAUAUUUUCUGUUUUAUGGCAAUGCUAGAAUAUGUUUUCAAAACAGUAAUAUAUUUUUCAGGGGUUAAGAAUAAAACUUUGGAAAACAAGUUCCAUUAUGAUUACUAGAAAUAUUUUUCUUAUGCCAGAUUCUGGCUCUGUGGGGUUUACCCCCGAAUGCGGGCAAACUAACAUUGUUUUUCUAUUAGCAACUCUGUUUACUUUGUGCCUGUGUUCUGGCUGGCCAUGGGAAUGUGUACAGCUGACUGUGCAAAUUGCCUGAAGGUAUAAUCAAUGGGGUGAGCACAUACAACCUCUGGGAAGGUCUGGAUUCCGUAUGGACUAUGCUACUUCUACCAAGGCCUGCCCUCUGCAGUUCAGUGGACAAAGGGACUGCAGAUUAGUCUGGGAGGAGGCAAGAUUGAGACACAUCAGGUAUAUUAUGCAUUUUUCUUGUGCUAUGUAUGUGAAAGGCCAGCCAGAAUUCGUCUGUAUGGAAUAAGACUUAAACACUGUAUGCAUACUAAGGCUUUUGUUAAGGGAAGUCAAUUUGAUAUCAACAAUAUACUGCUUGUGUGUGUCUAACUGAUGUGCUGUCAUCACAGGAUAAUUAACUGAAUACAAAUAUAAAUGUUACAGUGGACUGGCCUGUAAACUGCAUCACUUUCAUUGAAAAAUGCACAGAAGUGCAGUAAAGUCAUCAAUACAAUGUAGAAGCUGGAGGAUGUGCUCUCUAAAAUACAGUUGUUAGUUUAAGGUCCCAAUUUAGAUACAUUGCCUGAUUAACUGCAGCAAUGCCAUCACUAUAGGGCAUGGGUGGGCCCACGAGCUCCCGCUGGGGAGCGGGGUCUGGAGCUUGCCCCGCUUCAGCGCUCCAGCUGGGCCACUGGGUCCGGGGUGGGGCGGCGGGCACCAUGCGGCUCGGCCCUGCUGUGGUGCUCCAGCAGGGCCACUGAGUCGGGAGGGCUGCACCAUGUGGCUUGGCCCGCUCUGGUGCGCCAGGUGGGCUACUGGGUCAGGGGCUGCUCUGGUGCUCCAGCUGGGGUGCUGGGUUCGGGGCCGUACCAUGCGGCUUGGCUCCGCUCCGCCACUCCAGCCGGGGCACAGGGUCGGGGGCCACACCAGGCGGCUCCCAGAAGCAGCGGCAUGGCCCCGCUCUGGCUCCUAUGUGCUCCAGUGGCCUCCUCUAGUGCUCCAAUGGGAGCUGCAGGGGCGGUGCCUGCGUAGGAGCUGGAGAAGAGACAUACCACUGCUUCCGGGAGACGCUUGAGGUAAGCGCUGCUUGGAGCCUGCACCAUGCCCCAACCCCCAGCCCCAGCCCUGACCCCCCUCCCACUCUCCAAACCCCUCGAUCUCAGCUCAGAGCAUGCUCCUGCACCCCAAACGUCUCAUCCUCAGCCCCACCCCAGAGCCCACACCCACAGCUGGAACCCGCAGUACUUCCUGCACCCCUGCCCCAACCCUGAUCCCCCUCCCACCCUCCGAAACCCUCGGUCCCAGCCCAGAGCACCCUCCUUCACCCCAAACUCCUCAUCCCCAGCCCCACCCCAGAGCCCACACCCCCAACCAGAGCCUUCACCCCCACCCCAAUUUUGUGAGCAUUCAUGGCCCGUCAUACAAUUUCUAUUCCCUGAUGUGGCCCUCAGGCCAAAAAGUUUGCCCCCCCCGCUAUAGGGCCUGUAUAGAGUACAGGGCCUGAUCCAAUACCCACUGAAGUCAAUAGGAGUCUUUCCAUUCCUUUCAGUGGGCUUUGGAUCAGGCCCCUUCUCAGUAAAAUCAUAAGUAGAAUCUUCUAGUUUUAUUUUUCUGUGUAGCAUGUCCUUACUCCCUAAAUGGAUUGCUUUCUCUCCAGGGAUAGCCCAGUACUCACUCACUCCGAGUUUUUAGCAAACUACAAGGUUGAAGUGGCACACAGUGAAAAUGUGAAGUCAGUACAAAUGUGAACUACUAGAAGUGGGCGAAAACUAGAACUUUGAAUUUGAACUUAUUUGCAUUUCUGGGCCAGGGAGAAGAAGCAUGUUUAGAUUCUUAUUCUCUGAUAUGAUUACACCAGAAUUGAUUCAAAAUUGGAUCCAAAACCAAAACUUGCUUGUUUUUUUGUUUCAGUUUAGAUGCAGCUGGAAUCCCUGAACAAGAGGUCGAGAUUUCAGUGCCCUUUGAUUGUCACCUCAUACCUCACCCUAACUGUGAUUAGCUGAAUUCAAAUCUGAGAGAUGACCCUUCCCACUACUCUGGCAUUGUAAUUUACACCUAUCUUAAGGCUCCGUUACACUGCCAGUGUUGUUAAGGGAACUUAAAUGUAAAUGAGAAUCUGACCCUAAAUCUGUUUCACAUCAGAAUACUUCCACAUUUUCACAUCUGAAAAGAAAUUUCAGCACUGGUUUGAGAGCCUAUUUUAAAAGGCUAUUUAUUAUUUAUAGGGCACAAAAUUGUCAAAAACGAUAAAAUGAUAGUUUAAAGUUACAGACUUACUCAUAAAUGGAAGCCAGAUUUGAAGACAGGUGACUCUGAUCUUAUUUACACCAGUGUAUGAGUUAGAUAAAAUAGUGAUUUCAGCAGAGCUUCAACUGUGUAAAUCAGUGUAACAGAGAUCAGAAUCUGGCUCAGAGACAAACACAGUAGUAGAGAACGUUACUGGCAAACUUUGGGGACAAUUUCUGCCCCUGGCUAUACAUGCCCAACUUCCUCUGAAAUCUGUUGGAUUUAUGCAUCUGUCUGAGGAGAUUAUCUGAUCCUAGCUUUUGGUUUUCAUGUUUCCAACCGGCAGGAAAUCGCUCUGUAAGGCUUUUGUACAUUUAUAUUGUGAUUGGAGAAUGCAGCUUAGUGAUGGUAGUUUGUUCUCAUAUACUGUACAUUAACUGGGGGAAAUUUUCUGGUCAGUGAUAUGAGAGUCUGUUCUUUGACAGAUUCUGUAACUGAAAAGCACCCUGUUAUUUGUAGCUUUGCUUGAGUCUUUUUGUUUACUUGCACUGAUAAAUUCAAGGACAGACUUUGACCAAAAAUAUUCGUAGUUAUUUUGUCAAAUUUUCAAGUGAACGCUGCUUUGUGUACUGCUUAUUCUCUUAUCAUAAAGCAUAGUGUAUAAAGAA